UAAGUCUAAAAGAAAGGAGGAAGAAGAGUUAAAAAGGGAUCCCUAAAACAUGGAGGGAAGCCUCAUAUUUAUAGGGGAAAGGGGAAGGGUGCUCUCCACCCUAAUGGGCCGCAUGGACCGGAAUGGGCCCAAAUGGCUAAAGUGGGCCAGAAUGGGCCGAAACGGGCCUAGCUGCUUGGGCUCCGUACUGGAUAAUGUCUUCGGCUCCUGAACAGUAAUAGGCCGGGAUAAUAUAUCUCAACAGUAUAAAAAGGAGAUGUAUUGCCAUACAUAUUCUGAAAUGAUGUCCCCAAUUGCUGGACCUAUAUUUUGGCCUAAAACAAAUGUAAAAGUCCACCCGGAUGAGUUGAAGAAUAGAAUUAUAAAUAAAUAAAUAAAUAUAUAAAUAAAUAAAUAAAUAAAUACAUAAAGCAAAAGAGGAAGAAUAUAUUUAUUUAGUUAUUUAGUUAUUUAUUUAUUUAUUUAUUUUGAGUACCUAUCUUUGUGCAUGCAUUUUGCUUUGGAAUGAUGUGGUGUUUGAGUACUUAUAGGUCCAACAAUAAAUAAAUAAAGUAAAAACAAAUAUAUUUUUGAGUACCUAUCUUUGUGCAUGCCUAUGAAGAAUAGAAUUAGGGAGAUUGGUGAGAUUCCUAUGACGGGCAAGUUAACCAAAAGAGGAACUACCAUCACAUGUCAACUGUGCUUCAAAAAAGGCCAUAACAAGAAAGGUUGUCCUUCAAAAGAGCAAAUUUUGCAAGGCACAACAACAUUCCCUUUCGAUUUACAAGGUGGUAAUUCUCAACAACCCCAAGCAGGACCUGAAGAAUCAACCCAAGAUGGUAAUCAGGAAAGUAACUCCACCUUUGGUCCUCCAAAUGAGAACAAUGUGCCAGGUAGUAGAUUGCAGCAUUACUUCACUGAAAACACUAAUAUGGAAGUGAGAAAUUCAGACAAUGUGUUUCAGUUUAGGGGGGAAAAUGCAAUCAGUGCUGAUGGUUUGGAGAGGUUGAGGCAAAGAAAGGGCAAAGAGAUAAGUGAAAGGGCCAGUAAAGGAAGGAAAAGAAUUGCUGAAGAAGUGGAACUUAACGGGGUGUCAACUACUGCAAGAGACAGAUUUCAUACCUUGUUUGACUCUAUGGAAGAUGAAUGUGAAGAUUAGAGUUGUUCUGGCACCUGUGGAAACCCUAAGAAAUAUGUUUUUGCAUGUGUUUUGUUAAGUUAACUACCUUUUUGAACAUAUGUACUCCUAACAAUGAUGUUUGCUUGUAAUUAGUCAGUGGGAGAUGUCUGAGGUAUGUGAAAGUAUUCAGUUAUGUAGCCCAACUGUAUUGUGGUAGUACAAAUCUGCAAUUAUGCUUCUUUUUACUCUCAGAAUUCAUGGAGGGAUUGGUUAUAAA